UUCUUCCUUCAACCGAGAGAAGAACUAAAAUAGGAGAACAAGGAACAAACACAACUCAUCAGCCAUCAUCACAACUCAUCAGCUUCAUUACUCUACCGAAGAAAUACAGAAGAAAAUCGCAGUUAGCUGAUGAACUAAUUUUCGUGUCUGAGUUGAGAAAUGGAGAGCUUCAACUUCCCCAAAGCCGUGGCGUUUUUGGUGGUUUUAAUAGCCACCAAUCUCACCGGAGCAAUUUCGUCUACAGUUUCCCAUUCCACCGCCACAAUGCACACAAAUAAUUGGGCAGUCCUAGUCUGUACCUCUCGAUUCUGGUUUAAUUAUCGUCAUAUGGCCAAUACUUUAUCCUUAUACCGAACAGUGAAGAGGCUAGGCAUACCGGAUGAGAGGAUAAUUCUGAUGUUGGCAGAUGAUAUGGCUUGCAAUGCGCGCAAUAAGUACCCUGCUCAGGUUUUCAACAAUGAAAAUCACAGGCUUAACUUGUAUGGAGAUAAUGUAGAGGUGGAUUAUCGAGGUUAUGAAGUGACUGUUGAAAAUUUUCUUCGCGUCUUGAUGGGUCGUCAUGAAAAUGCUGUGCCUAGAUCAAAACGUCUUCUAAGUGAUGAAGGAAGCCAUAUUCUUGUAUAUAUGACAGGGCAUGGUGGAGAUGAGUUUCUAAAAUUCCAAGACUCGGAGGAGCUUCAGAGUCAUGAUUUGGCUGAUGCUGUCAAACAAAUGAAGGAAAAAAGAAGAUUCAAGGAGCUGUUAAUUAUGGUAGACACUUGCCAAGCAGCUACUCUCUUUUCUCAGCUUCAUUCACCAGGUGUUUUGGCUAUUGGGAGUAGCUUGAAGGGAGAAAAUUCAUAUUCGCAUCACUUGGACUCUGAUGUUGGCGUCUCUGUUGUUGACCGGUUCACCUUUUACACUCUUGCCUUUUUUGAGAGGCUAAACAUGUAUAACAAUGCUUCUCUAAGCAGUUUGUUCAACUCAUAUAAUCCAAAUUUGCUUUUAUCAACAGCAUAUUAUAGGACAGAUCUAUAUCAACGACGAUUGGAAGAGGUACCUGUGACGAACUUCUUUGGUUCAGUCAUGGAAACAAUUCAUACUGACUCAGCUUAUGGAGCACUUUCUGGCAAGCAACUCAAAAGUGGUGAAAUCAAGAUGUCAUCAGAUUCAUCAGGGGAAGACAGGCAAAGAAUACUAGAAAAUUCAGAUGUUAAGGACCAAGGUAGCAGUUUGAAUAUCAAGGAUCAACAGGUGACUUGUCCUUUUACACGGACGUUGAGUACUAUUCACGAGAGAGUGGAAAAGGUCAAAGAUGUCGAUGGCUUGGUGAACUUUGGAUUAGUACUUGUGAUUCCUUUGUUGGCAGUUUCCUCUUGGCUUUCCAGCUGAGGAUGGACAUAUCCCUCCUUGUUGCAGGUUUACAACAUGCAGUUCGGCCUUCUGCUUGAAAUAGGAAAGACACAUUAACUGCAUUGACAUGAUUUUCAUUCCAAAUCAGAGAAGCCAUCAAAAACCAAGAGGACCCAUGGUGGCAAACGCUGGAGUUGGUGAGCAGUCGGCAAAUGCUAGGACCCUUGGUUGUUAAUUCAAGCUUUCUCACCACACCAAACUGAGGGUUUAUCUUGUGGGAUCUUGUACUCUUAAUUGUUGUUUCCAAAAUUGAAUAAUGACAUGGUAAAUUGUUUUCCUUCUUGUUACCACUUUUCUUCUCAGCCACGCGGGGAGUUCAUCAAGUCUAGUCUAACCUCUUAAUCCAUAUUGUUGUAAAGAAAUACUCUCGAGGAUAGAUUAUUCGAGUAGAGGAGUUAUCCAGAGCAAGAACACAAGGAUAUUGAAGUCGCAGGUUCUUUGAAGAAUUAAGUGCUUCUUAAUUUACAGCUUGAGAUGUAUUUUACCUGCGGCGUUUU